AUGUCGGGGGACAUUGACUCGAUGACCAAGGUUACUUGUGAGAAGACGUACGGGGAAGAAGAUUGUCCACAGCCCACGGUAGAUGAAUAUGAGAAGUUUUGCACGAUUCGGGAAGAGACCAUUCGUUUGUUACACGAUACUGCUGAUGAAUUGGAUAAGUUAGCUAAAGACGUCCGCAUCAGCAACAUAGCUGGAUCAGCAGGUGGGGUCGUUUCUGCUGGAUUGAUAGUCGGUGGCGUGAUAGGAUCGGUCUUCACAAUGGGUGCAUCUUUGGUGUUAACUGCUGUCGGAGCUGGACUGGGAGUUGCGUCUGCGGCUACGUCUAUCGGUGCUACCAUUGCCGAUUCCGUCAUAAGUAAAAAGAGACAAGCACAAAUCAACGAAGCUUUAGUGAAGGAUAACCAAGCUCUCAAGGUGCUGUUUAACAUGUGCCAGAAGUUUGAAGUCGAAAUAGACGAGGACGAGAAGAUCCAGCGAGUUGUCACUGGCGCAGCUUCCGUUGGUAAGGCGGCCAUUGUUGUUGGUGAUACGUCACGAGUUGCUAUCAAUGUAAUGAAGGGUGCCGGACGUGCUGUCGCCGUUGGAGGUUUAGUUAUCUCAGUAAUUACCCUUCCGAUUGAUAUCGCCACACUGGUGAUAAACUCUAAAGCUAUUCACGAACAAAAGCCUCAUGAAAUGGCUGAACAUUUUCGCACCAUUGCCAAACAGCUCACAGAUAAUCUGAGAGACGAAGUGUUGCCUUGUUUAUUUGAUAAUACCGAGUUCUUUCUAGAGAAUGAUCUUAAUGAAUACAAACAAUAA